UGCCUUCUGUUGCCACCUGCUGUAUGCUGUUCCCAAGAGAGCUAAUGCUGUGUGACAAACCCUAUUUUCCCAAUCAAUAACCAGCACCCAAACUUGUCACAUUUUUACUUUUCCACUGCUCUCAAACUGCGUAUGACAUAGAGUUUGCCCUUUGAGAUAUUCUCCACCAGUACAUGCAUUACAGGAAGUGAAGGGGCUUCACAGAAACCAAAAGAGAAAAUCUAAAUAAAGACAAAAGCUUCAUGACUUCCUCUGUUAGAUCGAAGCUCGGCAGCAAGGGCACAUUAUAGUCAUCAAACGUACAGUCCUCACAACAGAUACGAUGCCAACAAUCUCUGAGGCAAACCAUCAUGGAUCAUAACACAUCGCCCGUCAUCAAGGAGGGUCACGUCCCCCAAGAGUACCGGACUGCUAGCCUAGUGUUUUACAGCAUUAUCUUCAUCAUAGGCACAGUGGUCAACCUGACCGCCCUCUGGGUCUUUGCCUUGACCACUAAAAGACGGAACUCCAUCACUGUUUACAUGAUCAAUGUCGCUUUAGUGGACUUGAUAUUUAUCUUACUGCUGCCUUUUCGAAUGGUCUACUACAGUCAAGACUACUGGCCCUUUGGAGACAUGUUCUGCAGGAUUAACGCCGCACUGACGGUGCUCUAUCCCUGCCUGGCCUUGUGGCUCUUCGCACUCAUUAGCACAGAUCGCUAUGCCAUAGUGCAGCCGCGACACACCCGAGAACUAAAAAGCGUCCGUAAAGCCUUGCUGUCCUGUGCGGGAGUCUGGAUCAUGACCCUGGGCAGCACAGCUCCGCUUGUUCUCCUGGAAGAAGACCCUGACCGGAAGACAAACCAUACAACGUGCAUCAAGAUGCACGACAUCAUCUACUUGCGCCGAGACAAUCCUGUCCACUUUGCACGUAUUGUCUUCUUCUUCUUGGUGCCGGUGUGCAUCAUGGUGGGCUGUUAUAUUGUUAUCGUGGACAACCUUAUCCAUGGACGCACAUCCAAACUGAAGCCCAAAGUCAAGCAGAAGUCCAUCCGGAUCAUCAUCACACUGAUCGUUCAGGUGCUGGUGUGCUUUGUGCCUUUCCACAUCUGUUUUGUUUCCAUGCUGCUGGCCAGCAGUGAGAGGGGUUACAACACCUGGGGGGCCUUCACCACCUUCCUGAUGAAUGCGAGCACAGUGUUGGACAUCAUACUCUUCUACAUUGUGUCAAAACAGUUUCAGGACCGUGUGAUCAGCGUGAUCUUGUACAGAAACUACCUGAGGAGCGUUCGGAGGAAGAGUCUUCACACCAACAGCAUUCGCUCGCUCAGCAACCUGACCAGUGCCAUGAUCUGAGGAAUAACACAGCUGACGGGAGCAAUUUAAACUGAAUACAAACAUAUAAAUUUUUUGUA